CGGCUGACAAACAAAAAGCCAGAUGGAUUUGAUAAAAACUACGCGCCAAAUUCUAAUUAUCAUUUAUCAAUAUAAUUGAUAAAGUCACAAGACCAUGAUCGUUCUGUGCCAUGGUAGCGUGAUGUUUAAUUAAUUAACUUAUUUAAUACUGAAGAAACACAGAAAUACAGAAUAACAGUUUAUUCAUACGUUUGCGAUUUUCAAGACAUUAAUUCACAUUUACUAUCGAGUGAUGAGCAAUAGAUUUGAAAUGGAAAAUGAAAAUAUGGAAAUUCGUUUUAUGCAUCGUGAUUGUACUUACAAAAAGUACUUCGACAUAAGUACAAUUUGUACAUCAUUCGAUCAUAAUCUUGAUGACGACACUAUACAGUCAAAUAUAGCGUCAGCAUUAGCGAGCGAUGGUGUAUUGAUAAAAGAAAAUGAUGUAGUAUCUAUUGAAAUUCCUGAAUGGGCCAUGAAUUAUGAUAUAACAUUUAAAGCCACAAAACAAGCGUUCCACAAAACUAACCACAACACAUCCACUAACUCUACUCAAUCUUCAACAGUAAUUUCAAACUCUAUUCAACCUUCUGACUUUAUAAAAACGUGGACUUCUAGAGCUAUACAUCUUCUCAUAGAAAAUAGAAGUGACCUAGAACAGGAGUUCAAUGGGAACAAAAAAAAUUUUAAAAUUUGGGAAAAAAUAUCAGGAAGAUUACGUGAGAGUGGUAUUGAUAUAUCUGGACCAAGCUGCAACACUAAAUUUAAAAACUUGAUGGCAACAUUUAAAGACAACUUUCAAAGGGCAAAUAAAUCUGGAGAAGGUUGCAUUAACUGGGAAUAUUAUAAUAUAAUGAAAAAUAAUUUUGGAAAGAAAGACUCGGUAGCACCAAAAAAAAUCACUCUGUUUGAAAGCAGUUUAACUAAUUUUAAAAAGACUAGCAAUGAUGAUCAACCUAAGGAAGCCACCAAAAUAUCAAAACUGAAUGAUGAAGAAAACUCUGACGAUGAACUCACCAGUAUUAUGCCUAAAAAGAAGAAAAAAAAAAAUUUCCAAGAAGUGUUACUAGAAGAAUUCAAAGAAGACCGUAAGUCCAGAGAUCAGUUCCAAAAAAAAUUAGAAAACUUCAUGGAAACACUGAUUUCAAUAGAAAAGUCAAAACUGGAAAAAUUAUAAUAAAUAUGUUUUUUUUUUACUUUACAAGACCAACAGUGAACAUUU